UUGACACCAAAAACACACCACGCAUUUUGGAUCACAAAGUGGUGUUCUGGUUUGGGGAUUUGAAUUUCCGUAUAGAGGACCACGGGAUGCUGUUUGUAAGGAACUGCAUCACCAGCCAGCGUUAUAAUCUUCUUUGGCCUAAAGAUCAGCUCACCAUGAUGAAGCAGAAGAAAGCUACUUUGCAGAAGUUUGAAGAAGGACCUCUUGACUUUCAGCCCACCUAUAAAUUCGAUUUGAACUCCGAUAACUAUGACACAAGGGUACAGAAGACAUGGUUUGGUUUUAAUGGAAAAAAACGCAAGCCUGCGUGGUGUGACAGGAUUCUCUGGAGAGUGAAGCCCAAGUCCUCACUGUCAGAGGACGCUAAUGAAGACGGUCAAAAUCAAGAGGAUCCAAAGAAACAACUGGAGGAGCAACAUAAAGACGAGUUCCCUCUAAAACUGAGCCAGGAGUUUUACACAAGUAAACUAGAGUACGGCAUCAGCGACCAUAAGCCCGUCAUCGGCAUCUUCCGCUUUGAGUUGAGAAAGAUAUAUGAGACGCCAUUGCUGCAGGUGUGCGCUGAGGGAGAAUGGAGUGCCGACUUUGAUGCCCUCAUAACCUACAGCCUUCCCCAGUCCUUUCCCUCCAGUGCCUGGGACUGGAUCGGUUUAUAUAAGGUUGGUUUUAAAAGCGUUUCAGACUAUAUCACGUACACCUGGGUGAAGGAUGACCAGGUGUCUUUCACUGAUGAGCUCUUUCAAGUUUAUGUGAACAAAGAUGAAAUCCCUGUUCUUGGGGGAGAAUGUGUGCUGUGCUAUUACAGCAGCAACUUGCAGUGCAUUGUGGGUAUUAGUCAACCUUUUAAGGUGAGUAAUAUUUUACUUCUAUAUUUCAUAACUGCAGUGACUCCUGAGGAGUGGGAGAGCCUCUGCAUCUUAAACAUUAGCAAAGCCGAGAAGGAGAAGAACAACUCUCUUUCUCUGAGAGCUCUUGUGGACAGCCUGCUCGAGCAGACGGCUGCAGACAUGCGCAGACAGUACGAGGCCACGGGAAGGGCUUUUGAGCUCCGCAUAGAGGAGACCAAAACUGCCAAAACACAGCUUGAGAACCAGCUCAAUGAACUGCUAGCAGAGACAGCAAAUCAGGAGAAAAAUCUGGAGUCUCUACGUGUGGCAAUCGCAGAGAAAGACGCUCCAUUCAAAGUGGCUCAGACUCGACUGUUCUCUCGCAGCCAAAGGCCCAACGUUGAGCUCUGCCAUGACCCGGCUCAAAUCCGACUGCUGGAAGAGGUCAAGGAGCUCGCAAACCACAUUGAGAGGUAA